CCCGGUCGACCUGGAAAUCCCCUCAUUUUUCUUAUUUCCGACGCGGGGUCGCUCGUAACCCCACGGGGCAGCGGCUGGAGCGAACACUAAGACCCCGCAGAUAAUAGAUAAGUACCUUAGGUACUUUACCUUAUACAUCCAGACCCCGCAGAUAUGGACGGCUCGGGGGAUGGGAUGGCUCCAAUGUCCGGCUACUUGAAGACUCAGCUGAAUAUUCAAACGUCGUUCCCCCAUGGGCUCGCUGAACACAAUGGCUCCCAACGCUCCCCCUACCCUGAGACUACCCGAAGGCUCGCAAACCUGUCGAGUGUCAAUCAUCAACACUACGUGUGACUUGACCUGCCCGCCUGAGUAUCUAGUCGAUCCGAAGAUCCAAGGUCACGAAUGGCUAAAUCUACCCACGUACUCGUACCAUAUCAAACACGAUGCGAGCGGGAGGGAGCUUCUGUUCGACCUUGGCUGCCGCAAAGAUUGGCCCAAUUCGGUUCCCGAAAUCUCAAGUAUGCUGCGUGCCCGUAUGCCUGGAUUUCGGGUUGCCAAAAGUGUCCCCAGCAUCCUUGCUGAAGGCGGCGUCAAUGUCAAUAAUGUGGAAGCGUUGGUCCUGAGCCAUUGGCACUUCGACCAUUGCGGCGCCCCGUCCGAACUGCCCAAGUCCGUCAAGAUGAUCGUGGGUCCAAAAUUCAGAGAGACCUUCUUGCCAGGAUAUCCCGCAAAACCAGACUCGCCCUUUCACGAAGCCGAUUUUGAGGGACGGGAGGUAAUCGAAGUGCCAUUCUCUGAUGAUUUGAAGAUCGGUCAAUUUCAAGCUCAUGAUUAUUUUGGAGAUGGCAGCUUCUACGUCCUGAAUGUUCCCGGUCACGCCGUCGGACACAUCUCUGCCCUUGUUAGGACUACCGCUGACACGUUUGUGUUCCUUGGCGGCGAUGUAUGCCAUUUCACGGGCGUCCUGAGACCUACGCAAUUCAUCCCAAUGCCGGAUCAGAUACCUGACGAGACUCCGCUUGACAAGCGCAUCCCGCGGCCUUGCCCAUGCUCGGCUUUCCUGUCUUCUCACCCUGACCAAAACAACAGUCGAACGACCCCAUUCUACAAAGUCGGUUCCGGGCCCGGCACAUUCUACAUCAACCCGCCCCUCGCCCAAGAAUCCGUACACGCACUCAUGUCCUUCGACGCCUCCCCCAACAUCCUGAUCACGAUCGCGCACGACCCUACAAGUCUCGACGUCUUCCCUUUCUUCCCGAAUGGCACGCUGAAUGAUUGGAAAGAGAAGGGUUGGAAACAAGCUGUGCAUUGGGGGUUCGUGAAUGAGUUGCCGUAUUUUGGAAAGACGGUUCGGGAGCAGUUGGUGGAUGGUCUGUAUAUAGAUGGUGAGAUGGUGAGGGAUUUGAGAUUACCUGGUGCGUAGGGAGGAGUAGACUAUUUCGUUGUUAAUGACAUCAUCUGCUUCGUUAUGUACCUACCUACAUACCUCACAUUACAUCAAGACCCGAAAGAAAUCCCCCACGCUCU